AUGCACCAGGCCCGCCUGGAGCACGUCCGGGGGUACACUUGGCACCCCAUGCUGAGGUUGAAAUUUGGCAUCCUCGCCGAAUUUGGAUGGGAAGACGAUGUUCGCGCCAACAUCGACAGUAUAGGGUGGCGCUUUCUCCUCCAGUCUCCACCCACCCAUGUCUACCCUCAAGCGGUGAUAGAAUUUCUCGCCUCCAUCUCCUACUCCGAGACUCCCUCCAUGGUACUGGGCCUCCCAUCAACGAAGAUGGUGACGUACUUUAUGGGUGGGAUGUACCGGACCACCACCCUGGACGAGUUCAACAUGUCCAUUGGGUUCGUCCAGCCCGAGGACGUCCUAACUCGGGAUUACCAGGAGGCCAUCUGCGCACGCCCCACUACCCUUACCGUCGGCGAAAUGUGGGAGGAGCUGAUCGGGGCGCACACCCUGCCUACGCUGCUGAAGGGCUCUGCACUUCCCCCCGCCCUUCGUAUUUGCCACAAGCUACUGGCCGGGACGAUUCACGAGCGGAAAGAGAGUCAGGGUAAGGUUACCCUCCCGAAUCUCUUCGUCCUCUACUGCAUGAGCCAGAGGUGUCGAUGCAACCCUAACUAUUUCUUCCUGAAGGCCCUCAAGGACUUCGGGAGCCGGCUCGUGGGAGCCAUCCUCAUGGCUCCCCUCAUCACCCCGCUGGCAGAAAAAUGGGGGUGUAGCGGCAGGGAAGAGCUGACCUCCAGCCUCCGACCCGAGACUAUCAAUGGGUCUGUCCUGGUCAGCAUGGGGAUGCUGCUACGCCAAGGGUCCCGGUUGAUCCUCCACCCCUCACUGGACAUAACUUUGGAUCUCCGGGACAUUGUAGCAAUGCAAGAUCUCCCGACACCCCCAGAGUUCCAACAACAGCAGCAACAACAACAACAACAACAACAGUACACGGAAGACUUUGCUGGCAUCAACCGCAACAUCUAUGAUUUGCGCCAACAAUUCAACCAAAUGUCCCUGAGACAAGAGCAGAUGUCCUUAAGGCAGGAUGUCUUCGACACGAGAUUGGAGACAUUCGGCCAGUACCAAGAGGGAAUAAGGCAAGACCUGGCAACAUUCCGACAGGAAUACCUCAACGAAAUCCAAGACCAGGCAGAGUUCCGAAGACACAUGUACCGAAAAUUCCCCUCUUACGGAUCGUCUCCAGACUCAAGUCCACCAUCUUAG